GCAUUGCACUUUUUUUCCUUUCAGGAACGUGUUCGGGCCCGCGGCAGGGGGCGGGGUCGCGCCUCCGCCUCGGCUCUGGUUCCAGCCGAGCCUCACCGACGCCGAGAUGGAAAUCCCGAGGCUGCUCCCGGCUCGCGGGACACCGCAGGGCGCCGGUGGCGGCGGCUGCCCGGCGGGUGGCGGCGGGGUGCACCGAGCCCCGGCCUCUCUGGCUUGUCAGGCCCCCACGCGCCGCCUCCUACUGCUCCGGGGGGCCCAAGAUGGCGGGCCGGGGCCGCGGAGCGCAGAGGCCCAGAGGGCCUCCCGGGGCCUGGGCCCGAGCCUGAACCGGUUGGCGCCGAGGCCCGAUCACCGGAGCAGCGGCGGCGGCAGAGGCGGCGGCGCUGGCGGAGGAGGAGGAGGCAGCGGCGGCGGCGGUGGCGGCGGCGGCGGCGGCGGCGGCGGCGGCGGCGGCGGCGGCAGCAGAGGCGGCAGCGACGACUUCUUCCUGUUGCUGCUUGACCCGGUGGGUGGCGAUGUAGAAACCGUGGGCACGGAGCAGGCCGGAGCGCCCGUGCGGAGGGAGGAGGCCGGGGCAGGCCCGAGGCCCGAGCGGCGCCAGAGCGCCGGGCCCCCAGCGGGCCGUCCCGAGCCGGGUCCCCGCUGUCUGUCUGCGGUCCCGGCCGCGUCCCCGCUUCCCGCGGCCGGCCCGGGCCCAGCGGCGGCGGCGGCGGCGGCGGCGGCGGCGGCCUUCGCGGGCACCAUCACCAUCCACAACCAGGACUUGCUGCUGCGCUUCGAGAACGGCGUCCUCACCCUGACCACGCCCCCGCUGCCCGCCUGGGAGCCGGGGGUCGCGCCGUUCCCGCAGCCUCAGCCGCCGCCGCAGCCGGGGGCGCUGAUCGCCCCGCAGGCCGCCGCCGCCGGGUUUCCGCCCGCCGCUGCCGCCGCCGCCGCCGCCGCCGCCGCCGGGGCGCAGCUGGGCGACUGCCCCGAGCUGCCGCCGGACCUCCUGCUGGCGGAGCCGGCGGAACCCGCGGCCUGCCCGGCGCCCCCGGAGGAGGAGGCCGAGGCCCCGGCCGCCGCCGCCGCGCAGAGCCCCCGCGGGCCCGCGGGCCCGGGCCCGGGCCCGGGCGUGGUGCUGUACCUGUGCCCGGAGGCGCAGUGCGGCCAGACCUUCGCCAAGAAGCACCAGCUGAAGGUGCACCUGCUGACGCACAGCAGCAGCCAGGGCCAGCGGCCCUUCAAGUGCCCGCUCAGCGGCUGCGGCUGGACCUUCACCACCUCCUACAAGCUCAAGCGGCACCUGCAGUCGCACGACAAGCUGCGGCCAUUCGGCUGCCCGGUGCAGGGCUGCGGCAAGAGCUUCACCACCGUCUACAACCUCAAGGCGCACAUGAAGGGGCACGAGCAGGAGAACUCCUUCAAAUGCGAGGUGUGCGAGGAGAGCUUCCCCACGCAGGCCAAGCUCAGCACCCACCAGCGCAGCCACUUCGAGCCCGAGAGGCCCUACCAGUGCGCGUUUUCGGGCUGCAAGAAGACCUUCAUCACGGUGAGCGCCCUGUUCUCGCACAACCGCGCCCAUUUCAGGGAACAGGAACUCUUCGCCUGCUCCUUCCCUGGCUGCAGCAAGCAGUACGACAAGGCCUGCAGGCUCAAGAUCCACCUGCGCAGCCACACCGGGGAGAGACCCUUCCUGUGUGACUUCGACGGCUGCGGCUGGAACUUCACCAGCAUGUCCAAGCUCUUAAGGCACAAGCGGAAGCACGAGGACGACCGCAGGUUCACCUGUCCCGUCGAGGGCUGCGGCAAGUCCUUCACCAGGGCCGAGCACCUGAAAGGCCACAGCAUAACCCACCUGGGCACCAAGCCCUUCGUGUGCCCCGUGGAGGGCUGCUGUGCCCGCUUCUCGGCUCGCAGCAGCCUCUACAUCCACUCCAAGAAGCACUUGCAGGACGUGGGUGCGUGGAAGAGCCGCUGCCCGGUCCCCACCUGUAACAAGCUCUUCACGUCCAAGCACAGCAUGAAGACCCACAUGACCAAAAGGCACAACCUCAGCCAGGACCUCCUGGCCCAGCUAGAAGCUGCCAACUCUCUCACGCCCAGCAGUGAGCUCACCAGCCCGGGGCAGAGCGAUCUCAGUGGGGCCGAGCUCGUGUCUCUGUUCUCGGAUGUGCCUGGCCACGGUUCCGCCGCGGUGCUGGACACGGCCUUGGUCAACUCUGGCAUCUUGACUAUUGAUGUGGCCUCUGUGAACUCGAGCCUCGCGGGAAGUCUCCCUGCGGAUAAUAACAGCAACAACCAUUCCUUGGGGCAAGCGGCCGAGCCUCGGGCCUUGAGGGGGGCCCCCAGUGACCUCCCCCAGAGUCUGGAUACCUCUCUCUUCUUCGGAACCUCGGUGGCUGGCUACCAGCACAGCCCCUUGGACAUGGACGAUGUCUCCGCCGGGAACGUGGGGCUCUUUGGCUCCUUGGCCCUGAAAAACUCAAGCCUGGAGCCGCAGGCUUUGACACCCAGCAAUAAGUUGACUGUGGACACGGAAGCUCUGACCCCCUCCAGCACCCUCUGUGAAAACAGUGUCUCCGAGCUACUGACCCCAGCCAAAGCCGAGUGGAACGUGCACCCCGAAUCUGACUUCUUUGGACACGAGGAAGAAACCCAGUUCGGAUUCUCCCACCCAACAGGAAGCCAUGGGUCUCAGAAAGACACAGAUCUUAUCACGGUGACUGGCACCCCGUUUUUGGUAUGAACCGACUCUGCCUGUUCCCUGCCUGCCCUGUGGCUCACUUUGUUGUUGUUGUUGAUGUUGUUGUUUUUAUCACACUCAAAUGUGAGAAUGUUCUGGAAGGAGCGCUUGCUUGCCUGCAGUUGUUUCUUGCUGCCUUGCAAAGGAACGCAUCUGUGGAUUACCAAUUUAGGGAUUUCAGUUCUCAUCUUGAGUCUGGGACUGAUAAGUUCUCUGACUGUGAGCAAGUCUCUUAACCGAGCUGAGCCUUAAUUUUUUCUUUUUACUUAUAAAGGACAUGGUUUAGGUUAGAUUGCUUUUGUCAUCUUUUCAGCUUUCUGGAGUCUGUAUUAUUGGUUUAUUUUUCCUUCAUUUUUAUUGGGGGCACCCCAAACAAUGAUAUGUUCUUCUUUUGUAUAUAAACUUAAAUUAAACUAUAUAAUAAUGAAUAUAUACUUUGCACUUGCCUUCAUCAGUUUAAAUCCACAAGCCAUCUUAGUUGUCUUUAUUGUCCUCCCUUAUUUAGUGUUAUUUUUAAAGGUGUACCCGAUAUUAGCUUAUUCAUAAAUAUUUAGUACAUAUCUUUACAUUGAGUCCUCUUGAAACAGUUUAUUUUAACAAUUUGUUUAUAUCAGUUAAAUUUCAUGUUUUAAACUUUAUAUUGUUACAAAAUGGUAACUGGUUUAGUAUUCAAUGUUUUGCAAUAUAUUUUAAUCUAUGUUCCAUUUCCGUGUUUUUCUUAAGAAUUUAUUCAUUGAAAAUAAUUACUAUGCAUGUAGAAUCUGCCACAUUCCUUCCAAAUUUUGCUGAUUGUGUCCUUAUGUUCACUUGAUUUCUUUAAUUUCGUUGUUAAUGUCUUGGUCAAACUUAAAUAUUACUUUUGCAUUCAUGUUCUAUAGCAUUCCCUAUCUUCGUUUAUUAACUUAGAACAUCUGGCUUUCUGUUUUUGUGAUGCUAAGAGCCUUCACUGAUCAGUACAUUUGUUUGUGGUUACUUUUUCCUCUGCUAUAUGGAAUUGUUCUCCUACAAUCACUAACACUUAGGGGAGGAGGAGAUGUUUACAGCACUCCAGCAAGUUUAAUAUAAAUAUCAUUCAGUGCCAGAAUGUUUUCUUAAAUGAUGUUAAAACUAACAAGACAAAAUAGGAAAGAGAACUGUGUUUGCUGUUGUUAUUGUUGACAUUUCUGACAUCCUUUGCUGGUGUUAGGGAGGCUGUAUUGUAGAAUUGCCAUUCAGGACUUUGAUAUGAGAGAAACUCAGGGUCCAGUUUGUGCUCUGUGGUGUUGGAGAGGUUGUGUUAAACAUACUCAUCUCACUAAACCUCAGUUUCCUGUUUACUGAUUAAUGUGUGUGCACACGACUAACAUUCCUUAGACUUUUUUUUCUCAUACAAUUUUCAACACAUAAGUAAAAGUAUAUAUUUCAGCACAUUUUAAUGAUUUCAUAUGCUAUUUUUACAUACUCAGUUUUCUUGUUGUUAGGGAAAAAUAAGGAUAAUUCAGCCAUAUUGGUAUUCAGUCAAUAAAGUGUUGUGAGUUUAUAGUGAAACAGGAAAGGGUCUCUUUAUUCCUUACCCUAAAUAAUUUUCUCUCCAAUUGUGAGAAAAAUCAGAAGUGGGAACACUGUUCAUGUGCUUAUCUACAUAACUCUCCAUUUGAUCAGUCUGUCAGCAUCCUUGUUCUGUUUCGAACAUCGGCCUUCUUUCUCUGUGACUGUGGAGUCUUUGAUUCUUUCAAAAUAUGAUAAAGGUGCAGAGGGCGAUGAUAUCCUUUGUGAUCUGAAGAAAACAUUGUUUAUGGUUUUCCAGAACUGAAAGAAAUUGAAAGAUUGAAUGUCAAUAUUGUGUAAACUCUUGUACAGAGAGUAUAUCAUUUUUAGUUUGUUGAAUGUUUUCAUAACUCACAUCUUUUAUUUUUGUUCAGAGCAACCCUGUGAGGUAGUUUUAGCGAAUCUGUGCAUGUUUCAUAUUAUAGUUUAGCCAGCUCACAUUCCAGCUGGUUUUGACUAUGAGUGACAACUCUAUAUAUAGCUUCACAAAAGAAGAAGAUAAUUUUUUCACCUCUCCUGUCUGCAACUUUUAAGGUUCAUUCUCUUCUAUCAUAACUGGUUGCUUUGUUCCAGCGUAGUUGGUUUCUGUUAGCCUCUGCUUACUAUUUCUACAGUCCAGUUCCUGGCCUAUGCAUUCCAGUCCUUGUAUACCUUUCAUUUUCUGUUUGCUUAAUGGCUAGAUAUUUUUCCUGUGACUAUCCCUUCAACAUUUUUUCUCAUGGCACAUUUUCUUCCAGUGCUAGCAUUUACUGAGCAUAUACUAUAGCUCUGUGUGUACAGUGAGAAGCUAUUUUCUGAGCUUAAAUAAUACUGUAUGUAUAUAUGAUUCAAGGCAUAAAUUAGAUUAUUUUUUAUGCUGUUCAGUUGAGAAGUGACUUUGUGUUUCUUUAUUUCUAUUUACAAAGGUUUUGCAGGGAGUUCUGCUAAUACUUUCUUAUUUGUUCUAGUGUUCUAGUCCAGUAGCAUUUGCAUGUAGAUGUCUAUGGAUGACAAACUUUGGAAAUGCACUAAAAAUUUGCCACUAUGAAAUCUUUCUUUGUUGUAUGUAUGUUGGUAUUUAUACACACCCACAGAUACUCGCAAAUAUUUUAAAAAUGGUUGUACUCAUUUAGUGAAAAUGAAAAGUAGACAUACUUUUAUAAAUCAGAGAAAUGCUUAGAAUUUUAUUUUGUCUACUCAUUUGACAGUUUUCCAUGUUUGUGUUGAAACUAUUUGUAUUCAUAAGAUAUAUUUCAAAAGUGUUAUUCAUUUGAAAGUUCCUAAAUAGACCACUAUUUUUUUGUGUGUGUUUGGCAAAUAAGUCUGUCAAGGAUGAGCUAAAUACACAAGUCAUACAAAUAAAGUAAAUUUAUAAACGUUAAGAUAAA